CUCACCGCCACUUAUUUGCAUUUAUAUUUAUUUAAUAAUCUUCUCUACCCAUCAACUCAACUCCAUCAAAGGAAUUCCCAUGAAGUAUUUGGUGCUCUUCAACUGGUUUCUGGUGUGUUCAUCCGCCGUCUCUGCUCUGAACUCCGACGGUUCUACUUUGUUAUCACUCCUCACCCACUGGACUCACGUCCCUCCUUCCAUAACUGCAAGCUGGAACGCUUCACACCCUACUCCCUGCUCAUGGCUAGGCAUACAAUGCCACCCUUCUACUCAAACUGUAGCUUCUUUUCACCUCUCCGGUUACGCAAUUUCCGGCCAACUUCCACCUCAAAUUGGUAAUCUUUCUGAUUUGCAGAGUCUGGAGUUGCCUGAUAACUCUUUUUCUGGGGGAAUUCCCUCUCAGCUGGCUAACUGUAGGCUCCUUCAAUACCUUGAUUUGUCUUUGAAUUACUUCACUGGACAAAUUCCUGCAAGUUUCAACCAUCUUCAGCGUUUGAGCUUCUUGAGUUUGUACUCUAAUUCACUCUCCGGUGAGAUUCCUCAAUCUUUGUUUCAAAUUACGAGCUUGCAAUAUGUUUAUUUGAACGAUAAUAACUUCAGUGGUUCCGUUCCGGCUAGUGUUGGUAACUUGGUCCAACUCACAGAGCUGUGGUUAAAUGGGAAUCAACUAUCUGGCACCAUUCCUGAGACAAUUGGGAAUUGUAGCAGAUUAGAAGGGCUGUAUUUGAACGAGAAUCGGUUAGUUGGUUCUUUGCCACACACUCUCACUGAUCUCAAAAGCCUUGUGUAUUUGUAUCUUAGUCAUAAUAGUUUUCAGGGUAGCCUCCCUUUCGGGUUUGGAAAUUGCAAAAACUUGACUCUUCUUGAUCUUUCAUUCAAUCAUUUUAGUGGGGGUCUUCCUCUAGAUUUGGGAAAUUCCAGUAGCUUAGCAACCUUGGUUGUUGUCCAUAGUAACUUAGUCGGCGCCAUACCUGCUUCAUUUGGCAUGUUAGACAAGCUUUCUGAUCUUGAUCUUUCUGAGAAUCGGUUAUCUGGCAGAAUUCCUCCUCAACUUGGGAACUGCAAGUCCCUGAAAAGCUUGAAAUUGUAUAGUAACCAGCUCGAGGGAGACAUUCCUGGGGAACUGGGAAUGCUCACUCAAUUGCGCGACCUUCAAUUGUUUACAAAUAAUUUGAGUGGUGAGAUUCCUGUUAGCAUUUGGAGGAUUCCGAGCCUUGAAUACUUGCUUGUAUACAGUAACCGCCUUUCCGGUGAACUACCUGUUGAGAUGACUCAACUCAAGCAACUAAAGAAUAUUUCGUUAUUUGACAAUCAGUUCUCCGGAGUCAUACCCCAGAAUUUGGGAGUCAACGGCAGCUUAUUGCAGCUAGACUUCACUAAUAACAAGUUUGAGGGAGAAAUUCCUCCAAAUCUUUGCUUAAGAAAGCAAUUAAGGGUUCUUAAUAUGGGUCAAAAUCAUCUUCGAGGCAGCAUUCCUUUAGAUGUUGGACGCUGUUCAACUCUCUGGAGAUUGAUCCUUCGGGAGAAUAACCUGUCGGGGACCCUUCCAGAAUUUGAAGCAAAUCCAAGUCUGUCCUUCAUAGACAUCAGUAAAAAUAACAUUGCAGGUUCGAUUCCACCUAGCAUACAGGACUGUACUGCUCUUAAUUAUAUUGAUUUUUCCAUGAACGAGUUCACAGGGUUUAUACCUCCAGAGCUAGGCAAACUUGUACAGCUUGAGCUUCUUGAUCUUUCUUACAACCAGCUGGAAGGUUCAUUGCCAUCUCAGCUGUCAAAUUGCAACAAAUUAGACAAGUUUGAUGCGGGGUUUAAUUCUUUGAAUGGUUCAAUUCCUUGGAGUUUUAGAAAAUUGAAAAAUUUAUCCACUUUAGUUUUGAAAGAGAAUCAGUUUACGGGGGGGAUUCCGUCAUUUCUGGCAGAGCUCAAGAAGCUGACUGAUCUACAAGUUGGAGGAAAUAUGCUGGGAGGUGAGAUUCCUUCAUCCAUAGGAUCAUUGUGGAGUCUGCAAUAUGCAUUGAAUCUGAGUAGUAAUGGGUUGACUGGUACGAUUCCUUCACAACUGGGGGACUUAAACAAACUUGAACGACUUGAUCUCUCUGACAACAAUCUCACCGGAACUCUGGAAGUUCUCGGAAGAAUAAAUACAAUGAUCCUGCUAAAUAUCUCAUACAAUCUCUUCACAGGUCCAAUACCAGACGUAAUGAUGCACUUGCUUAACUCAUCCCCCUCCUCAUUCUUGGGAAAUCCUGGCCUCUCUCGUGGUUUAACAUGCACUGUAAAUAGAAAUAAAAAAAGCAUAACACAGGUCGGAAUUGCGAUGGUAGUCACUGCUUUGCUGGUUGCUUUUGUGCUUCUUGGACUUGCUUGUAUAUUUGGUUUGAGGAGAAGGUGGAAAAAGGAUGUUGAGAUAACUGCUGAUGAAGGUCCAGCUUCGCUACUUAGUAAAGUUAUGCGAGCUACUGAGAACCUAAACGACAGAUACAUUAUCGGGAAAGGAGCCCACGGAACUGUUUAUAAGGUUUCACUGGGUGAAGACAAACUUUAUGCUGCAAAAAGAAUUUCAUUCAGAGAUCAUAAAGGGGGAAACAGAAGUAUGGUUAGAGAAAUUGAAACCAUUGGGAAAAUCAGGCACCGGAAUCUCGUUAGACUGGAAGAGUUUUGGUUACGAAAGGAUUAUGGACUAAUACUCUAUAGGCACAUGAACAAUGGAAGCCUUCACGAUGUUUUGCACGGAUCCAAUGCACCAUCAACUCUACCGUGGAAUAUACGCUUUAGAAUCGCCAUUGGAACUGCCCACGCAUUGGCGUAUCUCCAUUAUGAUUGUGAUCCUGCUGUAGUCCAUCGAGACAUCAAGCCACAGAACAUUCUUUUAGACGGUGAGAUGGAGCCUCAUGUCUCUGAUUUUGGCAUAGCUAAGCUUUUGGAUCAGUCGUCUGCUUCAGGUUCAGGGUACUCGUCCAGUGGCGUUGUGGGUACGAUAGGGUAUAUUGCUCCAGAAAAUGCAUUUACGACGGCGAAGAGCAAGGAGUGUGAUGUUUACAGUUAUGGAGUAGUUUUGGUUGAACUAAUAAGUAGAAACAAGGCAGUGGACAGUGUGAAGUCGGAAUGGAGGAGCACAGGAGAUAUCGGUCGAAUCGCGGAUUCGAGCCUGGCAGAGGAAUUCUACGAUUCCAAUGUGAAGGAUCAAGUGAUGAAUGUGUUUUUGGUGGCAUUGAGAUGUACACAAAAGGAGCCAACCAAAAGACCAACUAUGAGAGAUGUUGUUGCCCAACUACAACAACUUUCUUAGCUAACUCCAUGUUUAUUUUUUAUUGAGUAAAGUAGUAUUAUUAAUUUAAAAUUGUAGUGUUAAAAUUCAAGAAAAUAUUAUAACAUCUAUGAGCGGUGGGGUGCGACGUAUUCCAAGUUUUAGCGAUAUCGGCAUCAACGAUAGAAAAAAAUAUAGGGCUGAUUUGAUACUCUGAAGCAGGUAUUAUCAAGCAAAUUUUAAUUUUUUUAUUGAUAGCCUUAUAAUUUGAUUUAA